GGCAGCCAGCGACACAGCUGCGGUAGCAUUUCUUGCCUGCCCUCUUGUCUCCUGUACAGCUACAGCGCUACUAGUUAGCCACAGGACAAUAUCCCUGCUGUAGGCUUCAAGACAUGUUCGUCUUCAAGAGUUCCACUCAUCCCAGUGAGUGAAAUUGGAACAAGUUAGUCCAUUGAUAACCUACAAACGCAGGUGGUCUAGUCACAGCUGAUGAGUGUGAUGAUGAUGAUGAUGGGAGGAGGCUACUGCAGCCGAAGGUGCAGUCCCCCACGCCAGUGCUAGUACCCGUCUCCAGUCUCCAACCCCUGGUUCCUCUGCCAGCCCUGGUCCCACUUGGCACCACCUCUGGCCCCACCAUGGCUAACCACCUGGAGCUUCUCAAUGAGCUGCAGCAGCUGGACAAGGUGCCUAGUCUGGAGCGCCUGAGGGCUGCCCAGAAGCGCCGCACACAGCAGUUGAAGAGAUGGGCCGUGUACGAGAAGGAGAUGCAGAACAAGAAACGCAAGGCGGAAAAGAGAAGGAACGCUAAUCAUGCCACCGCCAUGGAGGCUAAACGGCACGUAUCGUUUGCUGCUAGUGUGGCACUGCUAGAGGCCUCGGCACGGAACGAUCCUGAAGAAGUACGUUACCUGUUGAAGAACAACGUCAGUCCAGACCUGUGUAACGAGGACGGUCUCACUGCUCUGCACCAGUGCUGUAUUGAUAACUAUGAGGAGAUGGUGAAGAUCAUGUUGAAUCGUGGAGCCAGUGUAAAUGCCAAAGACAAUGAACUGUGGACGCCGCUACACGCUGCUGCCACCUGUGGACAUGCAGGAUUGGUCAAGGUCCUCAUACAACAUGGAGCGGAUCUGUUAUCGGUGAACUCUGACGGCAACAUGCCCUAUGACUUGUGUGAAGAUGACCCCACACUGGACAUCAUCGAGACCGCCAUGGCCAACAGAGGCAUCACCCAGGAGAUGAUCAAUGAGACCCGGGCGUCUGUAGAGAGGAGGAUGAUGGGAGAUAUCCAGGAGCUGCUGACGGAGGGAGAGGACGUCAACCACCAUGAUUCACAGGGAGCUACUCUGCUCCACAUUGCAGCAGCUAACGGUUACGUCCAGGCUGCAGAGCUUCUGCUGGAGGGAGGAGCCAGGAUGGACCUGAGAGACACGGACGGAUGGCAGCCGCUCCACGCCGCAGCCUGCUGGGGUCAGAUGCAUGUAGCAGAGCUGCUGGUUUCUCACGGUGCCAGUCUCAAUGCCAAGACCUUCCUAGAGGAGACUCCCAUUGACCUGUGUGAGGACGAGGAGUUCCGAGCCAUCCUGCUAGACCUGAAACACAAACACGACAUCAUCAUGAAGUCUCAGCUUAAACACAAGACCUCCCUGUGUAGGAGGACAUCCAGCGCAGGCAGCCGUGGGAAAGUGGUGCGGAGGGCAAGCCUGUCUGACAGACACAACCUUCGUGUGAAGGAGUACGAGACUGAGGCCAUCGUGUGGAGAGGAGGGAGGGAAGGAGGGAGGGAAGGAGGGAGGGAAGGAGGGAGGGAGGACCAGGAGAAGGAGACAGAGCAGGAGAACAGCCAUCCCAUCAAUACAACUGGUACUACGGUGAAGCCAGCAGUGGAGAAACCCUACAGACCCAAACUACAGAAGACCUUGAAAGAUGCUCCUAGCGGCAUCAUCAAACAAAAUGGCAUCGUCUCCACGACGACGUCCUCGCCCACUCCCAGUCAGCUGCCGCCAAUCAAUGACGAGCCUCUAUCCCCUGACACGAAGAGCGCGUCAGCCGAUCAGCUCCCAGAGGACUCCUCCUCCUCCUCCUUGCCCAGAGAGCGCUCUCAGACCCUGUCGGAACUGAAAAAGCAGAGGUCGGCCGCCAAGUUCCUCAAUCACCCGCUCCUCAACGGUCACCUAGGAAACGGCUCCACAGAAUCCACCGAACCCCAGAGCCCUGUGGACUCCCGUAUGCCCCUCGUCUCGUCCAAUGGCAGUACAGUAUACUACACCCCGGCAAGCGGUGACCCGCCCAUUCUCAGACUCAAACAGCCAUUAGAUGACGAGGAACCAAAGGAGGGCAGCUGCUGCUGUGUCUCCUAGGGAGGAGGUGGAGGCCACCCCAUGACACCGAUCUAAGGUCAGGCUUACUGUGUUUUCCUCCAAUGGAUUAAGGUUAGGGUUCGGGGAGGGAAAGCUGAUCCUAGAUCUGUGCCUCAGGGAAACUUCUUCCCGGAUAGAGCGUGUCAGAGCAGGAUGGUCUUGUGACUGUGAAGCAGGAAGCAGGAAGAGAUUGCACAGAGGGAGACCAACAGGUAGAGCAAAGGUCCUCAAGGUCCUAGAUGGCAAUGGGAGUGGUGCUGAUCCAGCCAGGUGAUUGGUCCCUGUCCCUCCCCACUGUUUAGCACCAGUAUGGAGCAUACCCUUACUCUGGAAAAUGACCGUCCUGAUAGGACGUGAGGAAUCCAGGCCAGAUGAAUUGGGGAGGAGCCACUGUGAUAGCUUGUGGUUGAUGCAGAGGGCCAGGAGGUGGAACAAGAUGGCCCCUAGCCCCUACGAGAAGGCAGGUCUUGUGCCCUAUAAAGGAAUAGAUGGCCAGGCAGUGUGCACUCCCAUGUUAACCAUAUCUGGUGUCUUACAACUUUUGACUGAAUCACUGUUUUCAAACCACAUUCCUCCUUGUAUCCACUGUUUCUGAAAGUGUAUGAGGGGGUGGCGGGACGACAUUGCAAAGAUCCACUCCACCAUGUCAGAAUACACUCUCAGUAUUAUUACUGCAGCUGUGUUGGUCCACUGAGAGGCAAGAGGGGAAGGGUCGUCUUUCCUAAGAAGUAUUCUCGUUUAAAUGCUGACUAUUUUAGCGAAGGAAUGUUUAAUAGCGUAACAGAACAGUAUUACUUCAACGGUCUACCAUCUAUCUGUUCCUGUGAAGGAUGACAGGAUGACUGCACUAAAGACCUUUAAAACAAUGCCACGUUGAACUCUGUCUUCUCUUGCUGACCGUCUGUAUCCUAACUGACAGAGAUCAAGGUGGUAGAAAUGACCGUCUGUAUCCUAACUGACAGGGAUCAAGGUGGUAGAAAUGACCGUCUGUAUCCUAACUGACAGGGAUCAAGGUGGUAGAAAUGACCGUCUGUAUCCUAACUGACAGGGAUCAAGGUGGUAGAAAGGGGUGUGGCCUAUUUGUUGGUAAUUUAAGUAAAAAAACAAUAUUAUUUGAAAAUGUGUACAGUUUGUUGCUGUUUAUUUAUGAAGAUUAAUGUUAUGUAUAAAGGCUAUGGUUAUACAGUGUAUGGAUUCUAUUGGUCUAUCUAUGGAGAGGGAAUGCAUUAGAAUGAGCUGGUACAUUUACAGUAUGUCUUGCUCCCCUGUGAUCCCAGAUCUGCUUGUACUGUCUUGUCACUGUCAUGGAGUUGGCACAAACAGAUCUGGGAUCAGGCUAGAAGCACUGCACCUUUUUAGAAUGGAAAUGUCCCUGUGGAGUUAACAAGGUUAUUGUCCAGUGAUCUGUAGCUUGUGUUUAGCCAGGCACUGGGUUUAUCCUCAACCAUACCAGGCUAGCUUGUUUAAGGGUGGCACCAACAUACUAUUGGAAUAUAAGCAUUUCACUACACUCGCAAUAACAUCUGCUAAUCAUGUAUAUGUGACCAAUAAAAUUCGAUUUGAUAUCUUGUUUGUAUUUGACAUGGUCAGUACAACACACACAGUAGAUACGGUGUUGUCUAGGGAACUGAGAAGUGUGUACAGUGUGUUUAAAUCACCAUUGUAUUGUCACAGACACUGUAGUUUUCUCUAACACAAGUGUUCAUUGAUAUGAAAUAAAAUACUGUACUGUAUUAAGUAUGAUAUUGA